AUCACACAAUCAAUCCAUCCCCUCUUUUCAUCAUUCCACUCUCACCACACUUUCUCCCAUCCAAGACAACAACAAGAAAAUGGCAGUCAAGAAAACAUCAUCAUCUACACAGACUUUAGCCCUGAAGGAAAUCCUCAAAAGAUGCUCCAGCUUCGGCAGGAAACAACAGCACGGCGGCGGCGGCUACGAUGAUGUCCCAAAAGGCCACUUCGUCGUCUACGUGGGACAACACCGCAGCAGAUACAUUAUCCCCAUUUCUUGGCUCUCCCACCAUCAAUUCCAGACCUUGCUUCACCAAGCCGAAGAAGAGUUCGGCUUUAACCAUGACAGUGGCCUCACCAUUCCUUGCGACGAACACCAUUUCUGCUCUCUAAUUUCCAUGCUCAGAUGAAUAUAAUAUAUCUAUCUUGCUUUUACCUUUUCUUCCUCCUCCUCUGCCGUUGAAACCCCAACCAAGUUCGUUGGACUGUCUGUCUUGGUAACCACAGAGUUACAAGUUCGACUUUCAGUAGGAGUGGCCUAUGUCCUUCAUGAGGAGGAGAGGUUUUUCGCCACUCAAAAAAAAAAAAAAAAAAAACUACUGACAAGAAUCAUAUGAUGUUUGAUCUAACACUUUAAUUUUCUGGGCUUGCAAAUGUAUGUAUGUAUAUGUUGGUGUGCAUGGAUGGCUUAGCUUGCUUGCACCCUUCACAAGAAUAUGAAAAAUAACCAGUUUUGUCCA